AUGGCCCCAACAAGAAAAAAGCCACAGGCCAAAGUCAAGGUAAAUCCAAAGGCCAAAGUGUUGAAGAGGACUGAGAUUCCCAAGCUCCGCGGAGUUAAGUUCCUAAUUCUUGACGACGAUAUCAAAAUGGACUACAAGUUGACUGCCCAAAAUCUGGGUAUUCAAAAGUCUGCCUACCGUAUACGGCUCCUUCGGCUGCAGCAGAGGUAUGGCAUAAAGAAGGUGGGACCGACGGGCAGCCCACAUAAUACAACUCAGUCUACUGCCGACGAUACCGAAAUGAGCGACCUGGCCGAUCUGGAGGAUACCAAUACGGAGGGGGCCACUGAGAAGUACGAUGCUUAG